UUGUUAUAUAAUCAAAAUUUUCAAAUAAUCCCCAAUUCAUAAAAAAGGGUAUCCCUCUUCCCUAGAGAGAGAUAGAGAAAGCGCAGCUUCAGUUCAGACCAGAUCGAACUCAAAUUUGGUACCCCAUUUCUACGAAAUAUGUAUAGCGGCUCAAGCGAUGGCGAAAGCAACGAAUCUUCCGGCCUGAGAAGGAUUUCGCCUGCCUCUUCUAUGCUAUGGGUUCGAAACUUGAAGAGAUUUAUCGGAUCUGGCGCGGGUCUCGGUUCCGAAGCUUUAAUGGAGCUUGAGACAAAACGGAUAUUGCUUGACAUUUACAAAGAGAAGCAACGAAAGAGUGCUGAAGCUGGCACAAUACCAAGCUUCUACAAGAAGAAACCUGAAGAAGGUUCUAUUAGUCACAGGGUCCAGAGGCUUGCUAAAUACCGCUUCCUAAAGAAACAAUCAGAUAUUUUGCUAAAUGCUGAUGAUCUAGAUGCCAUGUGGGUUUGUUUGAGAGAAAAUUGCGUGAUCGAUGAUGCAACUGGUGCUGAAAAGAUGAAUUACGAGGACUUCUGUCACAUUGCUUCUGUGUGUACCGAACAAAUAGGUCCCAAAUGUCGACGAUUCUUUAGUCCGUCAAAUUUCAUGAAGUUUGAGAAAGAUGAAUCCGGAAGGAUUGCCAUUCUUCCCUUCUAUCUUUAUGUUAUGCGUACGGUUUCACUUACACAAGCAAGAAUUGACAUGAGUGAACUCGAUGAAGAUUCAGAUGGUUUCCUUCAACCUCAUGAAAUGGAGGCCUACAUCAGAGGACUUAUACCUAAUUUGGCACAAUUAAGAGACAUGCCUGCUGCAUUUAUUCAAAUGUAUUGUCGCAUAGCAGCACACAAAUUUUUCUUCUUCUGUGAUCCUAAUAGGCGAGGUAAAUCAUGUAUAAAGAAGAUUUUACUCAGCAAUUGUCUUCAGGAACUAAUGGAACUGCAUCAGGAAAGUGAGGAGGAAGUCACUGAUACCGAACAGGCUGAAAACUGGUUUUCCUUGACUUCUGCUCAAAGGAUAUGUGAUAUGUUUCUUGCUCUUGACAAAGACAUGAAUGGAACAUUAAGCAAGGUGGAACUUCGAGAAUAUGCAGAUGGGACUCUCACAGAUAUAUUUGUUGAAAGGGCAUUUGAUGAACAUGUUCGCCGUGGAAAAAGUGGAGGUGGUAAUGCAAGAGAAAUGGAUUUUGAAAGUUUCUUGGACUUUGUUUUGGCUCUAGAGAACAAAGACACACCUGAGGGGUUAACCUACUUAUUCAGGUGUCUUGAUCUUCAAGGUCGUGGAUACCUCACAACGGCUGAUAUUCACACACUUUUCAGAGAUGUGCAUCAUAAAUGGAUUGAGGGAGGUAACUAUGAACUGUGCAUAGAAGAUGUAAGGGAUGAAAUAUGGGACAUGGUGAAACCAUCAGAUCCUUUGAGAAUGACACUGGCUGAUCUAUUGGGUUGCAAGCAAGGAGGAACCGUAGCCAGCAUGCUUAUAGAUGUGCGUGGCUUUUGGGCUCACGAUAACAGGGAGAACCUUCUACAAGAAGAGGAAGAGCCACAAGAAGAAUGACAAACUGCAUGCUGAGAGUAUUAUUAUUAUUAGUUUGUGAAAUGUUUUGCGAAAAUCUGUAUAAAAUCUUUUAACAUUCAGUGUCCCUCCCUCAGAUCUUUAUGUGAAGAGGUUUUAUUAGAGAUCUGUUACUAAUCCUGUGAGCCUUAUUAUGACAGGCUUCAUUUAACUAAGAAAAAUGAUUAAACUUGUUCUGUGCUUGGGAAAUCUGUACUUUGUUUACUAUCUA